GAUAAUAAAAUGCACGAUGAAGGACGGAAUUCAGAGAGCUUGGGGAGGAGAGAAGAACAACCAGCAUUGAUGAACAAAGAAGGAAUGGUGGUGGUGGCUGCAGAGCCUCCAGUUCGAGCUGUUCGCAAGAGGCAUCACACACUUACCCACUCGGACAAUACUGUAACCCCCUUAUUGAGAAUGCCACCUUUCUAUCCUCUUUCAUCCCAGAAUAUUACAAUCUUCCAUAUGCUUCAGCAGUUCAACAAUUUCGAAUCGUGA